GUCGCAUUUAUUUUCCAGGAGAGGAUUAUAGGUGCCUAACCUGGACGGUCGAACUAUUAUAUAUUCUGACGCAACACAAGGAAUGUUCCCAGUUACAUUCCUUCCCAGCCGAUGGAAAGUACCGAUCAGAGCAUGGCAAUAUUUUCUUCAAAAUGACUUCCACUUCAAAUUUACUGCAUCAAGCAGCAGACAUGUGGUCAGCAUUGCCGGACGAGCUGGCGAAUAUUUACCUAUUCAUCUCCAUCCUUGCCCUCUCCAUCUUGAUCACAUACAAACUCAUUGUGGCAAAAAGAAGUAAUCUUCGUCUACCACCCGGCCCUAAACCCCUCCCAAUUAUUGGCAAUAUUCAUCAACUGGUAAAUCAGCAACCGAUUGAGCUUAUGAAGAAAUGGCACCACGACUACGGCAUAAUGGUGGCUAUCCGCUUCGGCCAGCAAAUGGCAAUUAGCAUUGGCUCAUUCGAUGUCGCGCACGACUUAAUGGCCAAGCGAGGUGCCAUCUAUAACAGCCGUCCUCGAUACAUCAUCGGAUUUGAACGCAUGAGCAGCGGACUCAACUGGGCACUCAUGCCAUACGGCAAGGAAUGGCAGAACAAGCACCGUAUUAUGAACCCCAUGGUAGAGCCUGGUGCACUUCAUCGCUACCGCGGUGUGGAAGACCUGGAAAGCAAACAGACCCUGGUUGAACUUUUGCACACGAAUGACUUUGACGCCGUCAUGGCUCGUUAUGCUGGCAGUAUCCUCAUGACACUGGGAUACGGGAUGCGGUUGGAAGACACGAGCAAUGACGCCCCUCAAACGCUUUUGCAACUCAAUGCCUAUCCAUUCGAGGCCCUUUCGUACUUCUACUACCAGGUGGUGGAACUGCUUCCGUCUCUCGAUAAACUGCCUGCCUUCUUGGCGCCGUGGAAGGAGUUCUCUGCUAAUGUGGAACGACGAACGACUGAAUUCCACAUGAGAAACUUCGACAUCGCCAAGUCCAAGUCUUCGUGGAACUGGGUUCAAAGUGCCUUGCAGUCCAAGACAGGGUCUGGGGCUUCGCCAAAGGAACUUGCCUAUUUGAUAGGAGUCCUGGAGCAAGGCGGUGUUGAGGCUACGUUCAUUGUACUGCGGCUGCUGAUCAAGGUCAUUGUUCUACACCCGCACUGCUUGGAAAAGGCACAACAAGAGUUGGAUCAUGUCGUUGGUCCGGAUCGACUUCCCUCCUUUGACGACCUUCCUCAAUUGCCCUAUAUCAAGGCUAUGAUGCAUGAGGCCAUGCGGUGGCAGGCACCAGUCCCACUUGGAGUCCCCCAUGCAACGACCCAAGACGACGAAUACAUGGGUUACCAUAUACCCAAGGGCACGAUCAUUCUUCCAAACAUUUGGGUCAUGUCUUCCGACGCAGAGAUGUUUCCCGAUCCGCAUGAAUUCAAACCGGAACGAUGGAUUGAAAAUCCAAACCUCAAACAUAGUCCGUUUGGGUUUGGUCGGAGGAUUUGUCCCGGCAGACAUUUGGCGUGGAACAGCAUGUUUAUUCUCAUGGCUCGGCUGAUGUGGGCAUACAAUAUCAUUUAUGCACGUGAAGAUGGAAAGCAAGUUGAGAUCGACCCAUGGGACAUAGAAUUUGGAUUUACAGCAUCUUCUAGGCCGUUUACGGCCUCAUUUGAAGUGCGAAGCCAGAGGAAGCAGGAGAUUAUAGAAAGGGAUUGGGAAGAUGUAUGUAAAAGUUCCGCUCAGAUUAUGGAGGGACUUCGGCCCUAGGAAAGGUCUGAAUUGGGGGGUGUAUUCAGCGACAUAUUCCGGCGGAGAUGAAUAUUGCGGGCAUAUAUCAUGUAGUGGGAGUCAGUCCGAUGAAACUGACUGGACGAAGUGUUCGAUUGAGACCAGUAGCGGUCAGUGUGAUGUCAUAGCAAAAUGAUAUUCGUGAG